AUGCGGACAUCCAAGAUCUCUCAGGAGACCACGAGAAUAUUCAAUGCCUUGUCACCCAAUGCUCGCGCCGGACGAACGACCAGAAGCGCAAGUCGUAUCGCUUCGUUUGCGCUCGGAUACGAUGGAAGUGUUCAUGUGAAAGCAGAGGCAGAUGAAGAUGAGGAAGAAGGAUCCCAUUCGGGGACACCAGAUAUUGAAGAUGGUCUAUCGAACACUCCCGCGCGCUCCAGUCGGAAGAGGAAAUACGGUUCAAUGAUAGAAUCCACCGUCAAGACCGAACAUGAGACGGCAUGGAAAGCAUCGCCUCGAAAGAUCAAGAAAGAGACACAAGAAGAAGAAGACGACGAGGCAGAUGCGCCAGUAGGCCGCGCGAAAGCAAAGCCCAAGAUACCUGCCAGGAAAAGGACUGCUGCCUCGGGAGAAAUAGAGAUAGAGCCACCGUCAAACUGGGCCGAAAUGUAUGACACCAUCAAGGCCAUGCGGAAGCGAAACCCUACAGCACCUGUCGACACCAUGGGUUGUGAAGAUUUGUUCUGGCACUCGGCUCCGCCAAGGGAGAAGCGAUACCACACGUUGACCGCACUGAUGUUAUCAUCUCAGACCAAGGAUACAGUCACUGCAGCUGCCAUGCAGCGGUUACACACGGAGCUCGUUCCCCAACGACAGCCCGACGACGAUGGCAAAACACAACAAUCGACCUUGACGGUGGACAACAUGCUUGCCUGUGAUCCCAAGCACCUGGAUGAGCUGAUUGGGAAAGUCGGGUUUCACAACAACAAGACCAAAUUUAUCAAAAAGGUCGCCCAAAUCUUGAAGGAUGAAUAUGAUGGUGACAUUCCCGACACGAUCGAGAAAUUGGUCAAGUUGCCAGGAGUCGGUCCGAAAAUGGCAUAUCUGUGCAUGUCUGCCGCCUGGGGCAUCGACGAAGGUAUCGGCGUUGACGUCCAUGUACAUCGCAUCACGAAUCUCUGGGGCUGGCACAAGACGAAGACGCCAGAGGAGACACGGGCGUGGCUUGAAGGAUGGCUCCCUAGGGAUCGGUGGCACGAGAUCAACAAGAUGCUCGUGGGCCUGGGACAGACCGUGUGUCUGCCUGUCGGUCGGAGAUGCGGCGAAUGUGACCUCGCUGGCACGGGAUUGUGCAAGGCAGAAAUUCGAGGCUGGAAAGCGACAGAGAGGAGGGUCAAGAAAGAGAAGACGGAACUGAAGAUAGAAGGAGACCACGAGGUGGUGAAGAAGAAGGAAGAAGUUGAUCAAGUGAUCAAACUCGAAGAAGAAUUGGUAGGUUCAUGA